AUGUCAACUUCUAGAACCUCAAACACUUCCCUUAAAGGACAUUACCAUCCUCAUAAUCAAACUCAAAUAAAUCUAUCUCUUCUUAAACGAAACACGUCGGUUUGUAGCGAAAAAAGAGGGAGAAGAAAACAAACAGAACCAGGUAAGUUUCUUGGUGUAAGGAGAAGACCUUGGGGUAGAUAUGCAGCUGAAAUUAGAGAUCCUAGUACUAAAGAAAGACAUUGGCUUGGAACAUUUGAUACUGCUGAAGAAGCUGCUUUUGCUUAUGAUAAAGCUGCUCUUUCAAUCAAAGGUAGCAAUGCUAGAACAAAUUUCAUCUAUUCUACUGAAUCUGAUGAAACCAAUCUUCACAAUGUUGUUACUUCUUUAGAUGUUCAAAAAACACAACCAACCAAUCAAAUUGGAGAACAGAAUUCUUCUCAUUUGAACAAUUUGAACAAUGAAAAUCUGUUUUUCUCUAAUGAUUAUAAUAACUCAGGAUAUCUUGAAUGCAUUGUUCCUGUUAAUUGUUUCAAACCAAUUUCCAACACAAACAAUUCAAACUUUGAUCAUAAUAGCAAUGCAAAUGAUGUUGAUUCCAUUAGCACAACAAAUUACUUCAUGCAGGAUCAAUCAUUUUUUGAUCACUACACUCCAUUCUCUCAAGAAUCAAUUAACAUUGACACUGAAAUUAAUGACGGAGUAUCAUGGGAUUGCAAUUACAAUGAACUUUCAGCUAUUUUUAACAAACCACUAAGGAGUAAUGAAAGUCCAAGCUAUGGACUAAUGACAACUCAUGAUGUUUCUUCAACUACCUAUUCUUCGCCAUCAUAUUCUUCUUUCGGCGAUGUUGACAUGGGAUACUCACUCUUCUGA